AUAUUUCUGACGCAAAUUGAGUGGGUAGAAGAAAAAUGGAUGACUUAACACCUGUUGCAAAGCGGCAAAAGAGGAUAAAAAAUUUCACAGCGGGUGAAAAACGAGAACUAAUUAAAGCAGUGGAAGAAUGGCCCCGAAUAUGGGACAUAACAAACGUUAUGCAUUCAAAUAAAAAUGCUGUGGAGCAGGCCUGGGUGCACAUAAGCAAUUCCGUUGGCAAAACUGUUAAUGAGUGCAAAGCUGGAUGGAUUAGCUUACAGGAGAGCUGUCGCUAUCACGCCAAAGUGGCCCGCAAGUAUAAAAGUGGUAGCGCAGGUGGAGAAACGCUGGAGGAGCCUUUUUUUUCAGACGCGAUUGAUUGGGAUUUUGCUGAAGAAAUGGCAUUUUUACCAAAUACAUCACACAAAAGAACACCAACGUUUGAAGAUUUUGAUUCAGCUUCCCCGAUAAAUAGAGCGAAUGAGGAGGUGUUAAGUGUUCCGCAAUAUGAUUAUAUAAGUGUAUAUAAUAAUCCAACACCCACCACAAGUAGUCGUACGUUUCGCGGAAGCCAAAAUGACGAGGCAUGGAAUCGGUUCAACAACAUUUUAAAGAAGCAAGAAGAUUUGGUAGCAGCAAAGAACAACUCAUCAUAUGCACAAGUUCUUGCUAGUUUUGAGUGGUUGUUGAAUAAACUUCCACGGUCAGUUGGUGAUGAUAUGUGUAUGGAAUUUUACAGUAUGCUGUUACAGAAUGUUAAUGAACUUAAAUCAAAAAAUUAAAAUAAAUAUCUUUUUAUACUCACUUAUCUUCUGAUUAGUUAUGAAAUAAAUAAACACGA